AUGGGGAACAAAGAGAGGGGACGGAUCGGCAAAGGACCGCGAUGCAGGAAUCAAUCUCGGGUCACCAUCUUUAAGCAGAAGGUGCUGGAGCUUGGUGAGAAGUUGUUACCCGCCUUCAACACACCCACCGGCAUCCCCAGAGGAGUCAUUAACCUGGGCAGUGGCACCAGCUGGAGUUGGGGCUGGGCAUCAGCCGGCAGCAGCAUCCUGGCGGAGUUCGGCACUUUACACCUGGAGUUCGUUCACCUGUCGGAGCUCUCCGGAAACCCAGUGUUCACCGAGAAGGUGAUGAACAUCCGAAAGCUACUGGAUAAAAUCGAGAAGCCUCACGGUCUGUAUCCAAACUUCCUGAGUCCCGUCAGUGGAAACUGGGUGCAGC